GUCAGGCUUCCCCUAAGGAUGAACCAGAAGAGCUACACACACAUACACACUGAUGCCUGAACUUGGACUAUCAUUUAUCCAACACUGAGAUCAUGUUUAUUUUGGUGGUUACCAAUCUGUUGCAGGAGGUUUUUGCGGUUGCCGGUGUCGCCCUAGACCCCUGCUCUGCCUACAUCAGCCUGAACGAACCCUGGAGAAACACAGACUACCACGUCAAUCAGUCAUCCGGCGUUCCCCAGUGUGACAGCCAUGUGUCUGGAGAAUGGUACCGCUUCACUGGCAUGGCCGGGGACGCCAUGCCCACCUUCUGCAUCUCUGAGAAUCACUGUGGCACCCAUGCUCCCAUCUGGCUGAACGGCAGCCACCCUCAGCCUCAUGAAGGCAUCGUCACCCAGCCUGUUUGUGCCAGCUUUGGUGACAACUGCUGCCAGUGGAACGCCAGUGUAGAUGUGAAGGCCUGUAAUGGAGGAUACUUUGUCUAUCGCCUCCCCAGACCCUCAGUCUGCUUCCAUGUUUACUGUGGCCAUUUCUAUGAUAUCUGUGAUGAGAUGGACUGCACAGGUCCCAGAUGUCCCGAAUCUGACUGUCGCUGUGCACUUGGAACUGUCCUGGGACCAGACAGACAAACAUGCCUGGAUGUGAAUGAAUGUGAGAAGAACAAUGGCGGCUGUGCAGAGAAGUGUGUGAACACCAAAGGCUCCAGGCACUGUGAGUGUGGGCCGGGCCGUGUGCUGGACGAAGAUGGGCACAACUGUAAAGAGAUGGCAGGCUGUCAUGUUAACAAUGGAGGAUGCAGCCAUGGCUGCUCCUCGCUGCUGGACUCCUAUCAGUGCAACUGUCCCCGAGGGCUGGAGCUGGGAGAGGAUAAACGCACAUGCCAGGUGCCAGUACAGUGUGAUUCCAGCUCUAUUGUUGUGUCAGUUCCUAAGGACCUUGUAGGAGGACUGGAGCUCUCACUGUCCAACUCGUCUUGCCGAGGUGUCUCCAACGGGACACACAUCAACCUCAGCUUCAGCCUCAAGACCUGUGGUACAGUGGUGGAGGUGACAGAUGACAAGAUUGUAGGAACCAACCUGGUGACAGGCCUCCCUAGGAGCAGUCCAGACAGCAGCAGGGACUUGAUAGUCCGCACCAGCAAGCUAGUGCUCCCAGUCACCUGCGAGUUCCCCAGGGAGUACCACGUGUCAGACGAAUACCAGGCAAGUCUGCGCAGCUCAGCCCUCGAGCUGGCAGGCCACAGCGAGGGAGUCUUCCCCUUCUUCCUGGAGCUGUUCAAGGACGCAGAGUUCUCAGAGCCCUACCGCACCCCGCCCCAGCUCCGCCUGCACGACUCCCUGUUCUUCGGGGUAGAGCCGAAAGAGAGAGUGGAGGGCCUCUCCGCACUGGUGGAGAGCUGCUUCGCCACACCAGGGCCCAAAGCUGACCAGGCCCUCAAGUAUUACCUCAUCAAAGAUGGGUGUAUAUCUGAUGAAACUGUGACGCAGUACUCAUCAAAGGAUCAGCUCUCCAAGCACUACCAGGUCCCUGUCUUCAAGUUCAUUGGCAAGGACAACCGACAAGUGUUCCUCCACUGCCAGGUCUUGGUAUGUGGGGCGGGAGACUCACGCUGUGCUCAGCAUUGUCGAGGACGCGUCCGCCGAGAGAUUCGGACCCGUGAAGCUCAAGGGCAGCACACACUGAGUGGAGGCCCCAUCUUCAUCCUGCCUGAGCCAUGAUGCUAACAUAAAGCCACUUACACAAACCCCACAACAGUCAGGAUUUGCAGAGUGACAUUUAGAUUAAUAAAGAUGAACUGACAAAUUUCAGUUUAUUUGGUAUUUAAAACACCAAGCAGAUAUACACAGAGCAGUCCGUUGUGCUGUACACAUAUACAUGCAGAUGUACAGUAUAUACACUCUUCUUUAUUCCUAUGUAAAUUACAGUGUCAGUCACAGUGCUGUAGAUCCCUUAAAUUCUGGUUAAUACAUCCAAGUUUGUGUGCCACUUUGCCCGGCAGCGCAAUUUACUGACAUUAAAGUGAAUGACAUUUCUAUUAGAAAUCAUUUGGACGGGCCACAGUUCAUUUGUAACAAGUACAGCAUGAAGAAUGCUUUUCUAGGUCACACUUUGAGGCAUUUGUCAGGCUUGAUCACAGCUUAAGGAUUUAGUGGAUUUACAAAAAGUUGUUGAUAUAUUUCACACCAACGCUGACUUGAAAUAUACACAUGGACCAUCCACAGAUGUAUUCUGACUCAUUUGCUCAGAAUAAUCGAUGGCUGAGGAGCACUUCACACAUUCCAGUGCAGUGGAAAAGAGAUAUCAGUGUGUCGUGCCUGGAAAAUAUGCAUAUGCUUCGUCGCUCUGACAAUUAAUCUAGAAUUAAUCGUGUCAGCUAAACUGCAAUUAGUCAUGCAUUUGUUCAUAAAAAAUAACAAAUAACUGGCAAAUAACUUACAUCAAAUAUUAACGUAGUAGCUGUAAUAGGCAUUACAUUUACAUGACACUGACUUAAGGUUUGAGCAGAUAAGAUAAUUACGAUGGCGCACAUGGUUUGUUGUGUUCUGCUAUUUAAUCAAGACUGCUUGUGUCUUUCUAUCUAGAGGAAAUUAAUCCAACUACAAUAUCCUUCCCAUUAGCCACUUUGUUUGGAGUGAUGAAGUAAUUUAUGGUAAUGGAGUCAUAGAGGCCUAAAAAUGGCCUAAAAUGAAAUGGAGUAUGGAGUAUAACAUGCAUAAGCAAUAAAUUAUUCUGAAAGUCAUAUUCAGACACCUAAUAUUUGUUAGUCCUGCCUAUGAAUAAAACCUGAGAAACUGCUAA